UAUAAAAUAAUGCCAAUUACAUUUUUGCAACGUUCCAGAUUGGCCGGUGGACCUGGUGGUUGCCCGGAUAACUUAGAGAUUAGGGCGCAGAUGAAGGUCUUCGUCGCCGUCAAGCGAGUUGUGGACUAUGCUGUCAAGGUCCGUGUCAAGCCCGACAAGAGCGGGGUGGAGACGAGUAACGUGAAGAUGUCGAUGAACCCCUUCUGCGAGAUUGCCCUGGAGGAGGCCCUCCGCAUACGCGAGAACGGCGGCGCAUCUGAAGUCGUCGCCGUUUCCAUCGGUCCCACUCAGUGCACUGAGACGUUGAGGACGGCGCUGGCCAUGGGCGCUGACCGCGCCGUCCACGUGGACGUCGGGCCUAUCACGGUUUACCCUCUCUCCGUUGCAAAGAUUCUAAGAGCCAUCGUCGAGGCAGAGAAACCGGGACUCUUGAUCCUCGGCAAACAGGCUAUCGAUGAUGACUGCAACCAAACAGGGCAGAUGGUUGCUGGACUUCUCAAAUGGCCUCAAGGAACCUUCGCCUCAAAGGUCAUACUAAACAAGGAGAAACAGAUAGCAACUGUGGAAAGAGAGGUCGAUUCCGGCUUAGAAACCAUCUGUCUUGAUUUACCUGCCGUUAUAACGUAAAUUUCUUUUGCUUUUUAUCCCUUUUAAGUACCUCAUUUUGUUUUCUUUUUAU